ACUGACCACGGUGCCGCUACCAGUUUCAAAGGCUUGCCUGCUGCGGGCUGCGGCUUACCGGACUCGAACAGGGGACCAGGCCGCCACUUCCCUCCCCUCCCGCCGCGCUCCCGUUUCUCUCCAGCGUCCAGGCCCCAGCACCGCCACCGCGCUCGAUCCCGGAACAGCAGCGUCCCUCACGCGCGCUCCCGAACUUCACCUGCCCCCUCCUCCCCGCGAGAUCGCGAUCUGAUCCCGCCGCAGCGCAGCAGCCAGAUCCGCCGCCCCACCCAACCACCCCAACAGUCUCGCGGGCUGAGGGGGUGGAGGCGCAGGAUGUCAGCGACGGUUGAGGAGCAGAUGGUGGUGAAGGCGAUCAGGGAGGAGUGCCCCUGGGAGUCGCUCCCCAAGCGCCUCCAGUCCACGCUCCAGACUAAGGACGAGUGGCACCGCAGGAUUGUGGACUUUUGUAUCCGAAAACGGUUGCAAUGGAAUACCUGCUUUGCCCGUAGAGUAUGCAGAGAAGGGGAAUAUUAUGAAGAAAUGAUGCGCUACCUCCGGAGAAAUCUUGCAUUAUACCCGUACCACCUUGCAGACUAUAUCUGCCGAGUAUCAAGGAUCUCACCAUUCAGAUAUUAUUGCGACAUCCUUUUUGAAGCAAUGAAGAAUGAACAACCAUAUGAUAGUAUUCCAAACUUCACUGCUGCUGAUGCACUAAGGCUUACUGGUGUUGGGAGAAACGAGUUUAUUGAUAUUAUGAACAAAUGCAGAUCAAAGAAAUUAAUGUGGAAGCUGAACAAAUCAAUUGCAAAAGAAAUGCUGCCUACACAGCCUGCUGACUUCCCAGUUGAGCCUUGGUGGGGAGUUUGUCUUGUUAACUUUACACUGGAGGAGUUUAAGAAACUUUCAGAGGAAGAGACAGCAACAAUAGACAAAAUAUGUAAAGAGGAAGCCAAUUCAUAUGUUCUUUUUGAUCCAAAGGUUGUAGAUGGCCUUUAUAAAAGAGGGCUAGUGUACUUCGAUGUCCCUGUUUUCCCAGACGAUCGUUUCAAAGUUUCCAGGCUUGAAAAUUUUGUUUCUAACAAGGAGCAAUCAUACGAAGACCCAAUUGAAGAGCUAUUGUAUGCUGUAUUUGUUGUAUCAAGUGCGAAUGCUACUGUUGCUGAACUGGCUGCAACUUUACAAGCUGACCUUUAUCAGCUGCAGGCAGCUGCAUCAUUUGCUUGUCGAUUGGGCUGGGCUGAAAAACUAGUGGAUGCAGAUUCUGUUCUUAAUGAUGAAGGUGCGCCUGCAUUUCCUGGUAGUAUUCUUAGUGAUGACGAAGAAGGUUCAAAUACAAGUAUCAACUCAGAAAAGUCUGGUCAACAACUGAUUAGCAUGGAUUCUGAUGGGCCCAGGAAAAUAUCUGGAACUGCUCAUGUGGGCUUUGUUGUUGAUGCCAAUGUUACUUCAUACUUGAUGAUGGGCUCACUGUCCCCAGGUUUAAAAUCGCAUGCUGUCACACUCUAUGAGGCUGGAAAACUAGGUGAUUCUUGUAUUGCAGAACUUUGUAGUGAUCUGGCUAGUUUAGAGGGAAAGAAAUUUGAAGGUGUCCUAGAGGAGUUUGCAAAUCAUGCAUUUAGUCUGCGGUACUUCUUGGAGUGUUUACAGUCUGGUGGUGUUUCUUCAAAUGAAAUUACUAAUAAUGCUGGUGAAGCAAAGACUCCGAGAAGCUCUUCGAAUGACAUUGAAAAUGCUACUGGCCAAUUGGCCAAAGUAAACAUAGAGGAUGGUGUUGACGAUAACCAUGAUGAAUUGCCACAGCAUGACCAGGUUACAUCAGAGUUAGAUGCUUCAAGUGACACUCGAGUGUUGAAGAACAAAAGGAAGUACAAAGUUGAUAUUCUUCGAUGCGAGAGCUUAGCCUCACUUGCCCCGGCUACAUUGGAACGGCUGUUUCUCCGGGACUAUGACAUUAUUGUUUCAAUGGUUCCUCUUCCUUCUUCGUCAGUUCUUCCAGGCCCUUCAGGCCCAAUUCAUUUUGGCCCACCUUCUUAUUCCUCCAUGACACCUUGGAUGAAGCUUGUAUUGUAUACAGCAGGGAAUUGUGGACCGGUCUCUGCUGUUUUCAUGAAAGGACUACGCUUUAGACUGCUACCUGAACCAUUAUCUGGUUGUGAAAAAGCACUAAUAUGGUCUUGGGAUGGUUCCGUGGUGGGUGGACUAGGAGGGAAGUUGGAAGGGAACUUAGUGAAGGGUAACCUAUUGUUACACUGCUUGAACUCAAUGCUUAAACAAUCUGCUGUGCUGGUGCAACCACUUGGCGUUAAUGAUCUUAAUGCAUCAGGAAACCUUGUCACUGUAGAUAUCCCUCUACCUCUAAAGAAUGAUGAUCAAUCAAUUGCAUCUGUGGUAGCUCAAACUAAUUUGCCAGAGGAACAGAUCUUAAAUUUGACAUCUGUAUUGAAAGAACUAUCCAAUAAAUUUGACAUGAGCACACUUGGCUACCUUCGUUUACUAAGACUUCACAGGAUCGAGGCAUCGGACAAAAUUGACCCAGAAAAUGUAAGCUAUCAGUGGGUACCUUUGAGCUUAGAGUUCGGGAUUCCCUUAUUCAAUCCGAAGUUGUGUGAGAGGAUUUGUGAAAGGGUGGUUUCAUCCCAUAUGCUUCAGAAAGAUGACCUCAAUGAGCAUUGUGAUGUGAUGCAAAAUGUAAGGAGGCAUCUGAGAGAACUUUGUGGUGAAUAUCAAGCAACUGGUCCGAUUGCAAAGUUAUUCAACAAGCGUGGAAGCUCAAGGGACUUGCCACGUGUUUUAAUCAACAGUAUUAGUGGGAGGUGGAAUCUCAAUAAUGACCCUUCAACACCUACCAGCGGAGGAGCCCCAAGUGAAAAUGAGAGGCUGAGAUUUUCUGGACGGCAGAGAUGCCGCACAGAAGUUGUGAGCUUUGAUGGGAGCACUGUCAGGUCAUAUGCACUUGCUCCUGAGCACAAUGAGGCCACCAGCAGACUUACCUCUGAAGAACAAUCAUCCCUACAUGAUGUAAAAUCAGAGCAAGAGGACACAGACAGCAAGGAUGUAGUCUUACCAGGAGUGAAUCUUAUAUUUGAUGGAGCUGAAUUACAUCCCUUUGAUAUCGCUGCUUGCCUUCAAGCACGCCAACCUCUUUGGCUUAUAGCUGAGUCAUCAGCAGCCUCAUCGGCACUGCUAUGAUGUGGCCAUAACUCCAUUAUAGCCAUUGUGAUUCCAGUCUCCAAGUUGAUCGAUAAGAAUGCAGUGUGGAGGGCUGCUGUUUUAUGCACUAUGUCCAAGCAUUUUUGUAGGAAUUGGUCAGAUGGUGCUCAUCAACUGGGGAUGCAAUUUUUGAAGCCAUCAACUCAGAUCAUAUAUUCAUAUGUAAGUUGUCACGUCUUCAAGCUGGCACUUUGUUUGUAGGAUCAGCCCAAAGAUUCCUUGCUUAAAUGGACCCUUGAGAUUGUUUCAUGCUUGCAGGGUACAAGUGGGUAUUCGCUGGUGGUUUUCUUGCUUUGAAAUUCGGAUCAAUUUAUUUAGAUGUGUUUUAGGUUGAUCCAAUGACGCAAAUUAAAGAAAACUUGCAUCACUGCAUGUUAUAUUGCCAUUUUGAGAGGGGGCAUUUUUUCGUGACCAUACCUAUUUUAUAAAGCUUAAAUUAUUGGA